UUCCACCCUACGAGCAAAAUAUCAUUGAUGAGCAAGUACGAGAAUGGCUGCAGAAAGAAUGGCUGCAGCUGAACGGGAAGUUCAUCCGAUUACGCUAGUACAGUGGUUCUCGUAAAAAAGAAGGACGGCUCGCAUCGUUUAUGUAUAGAUUUCCGCGAGCUAAAUAAAAGAAUCAGGGGUGACCACUAUCCGCUUCCCAUUAUUGAAGACCAAUUAGACAAGCUGCAGGGAGCAUUUGUAUUCAGUACGAUCGAUCUGGAGAAUGGAUUUUUUCACGUGGAGAUAGAACCAGCGAGUAGAAAGUACACUGCCUUCGUUACGCAAAAGGGGCAGUACGAAUUUCAGCGCGUGCCCUUUGGGUUAUGUAAUUCACCCAGCGUAUUCCAACGUUACAUAAACUACGUUUUCAGGAAAUUAAUAAAUGAAAAUAUCGUUAUCGUUUACAUCGACGAUUUAAUUAUACCCGCUAAAACAAGAGAUGAAGGUUUGCAGCGGUUGAAGAUGGUUUUAAAAUGCGCCGAGGAAAAUGGUAUGUCGAUUAAAUGGUCAAAGUGUCAGUUUUUAAAGGCUGAAGUCGAGUAUUUGGGCCACCUUGUGAAGGCAGGUGAGAUUUCUCCUUCACCAUACAAAAUCAAGGCCGUUAUGAAUUUUCCACAGCCGCGAACUACAAAGCAGGUGCAGAGUUUUCUGGGACUUACGGGGUAUUUUCGUAAAUUUAUCCCAGAUUACGCAGUUAUAGCGAGACCAUUAAGUCAACUUUUAAGAAACGGGAUAAAAUUUAAUUUUGGGGAAAAUGAAACCUACGCUUUUAAUGAGCUUAAAAUGAAAUUAGUGAAUCCUCCAAUUUUGAAGAUUUUUGAAUACGGUCAGUACACCGAACUACACACAGAUGCAAGUCAGCACGGAUACGGCGCAGUGUUGAUGCAGAAGAGCUGCGAGGACGAGGAGUUACAUCCGGUAUAUUUUAUGAGCAGAAAAACAAGCGACGUUGAAGCGAAGUAUUCAAGCUACGAAUUAGAGAGCAGUUGAAAAAUACCAUUGUUAGGACAGCGCAUGAAGAUGGCCACUUUCACCACCAAAAGACCAAAGAAAAAAUUGAGCGUGAGUAUUUUAUACCUAACGUAGCCAAAAGAAUCGAUUCGUGCAUCGCUUCCUGUGUGAAAUGCAUCUUAGCAGGGAGAAAACAUGGAAAAAAAGAGUAUUUUCUCAAUCCCAUACCGAAAGGGGAACAACCACUAGAAACUUUCCACGUUGACCAUUUAGGUCCUUUAUCUACAACAGCGAAGGGGUAUCGAUAUAUUUUCGCAAUGAUAGAUAGUUUUACAAAAUUUUGUUGGCUUUUUCUAACCAAAACACUCAACGUCGAGGAAGUUGUCAAAAAGUUUGGAAUAGUGGCAGAUACGUUUGGUUACCCCAACCGAGUAAUCGCAGAUCGUGGCGGCGCUUUUAUUUCAAAUGUAUUUAGAUGUUACUGCGAGGAUCACGGUGUAAAGCUUGUGCACAUUACUGCAGGAGUUCCCAGAGGUAACGGUCAGGUGGAGAGGUUGAACUCAACGAUCAUAUCUGUACUAACGAAGCUCUGCGUAGACAAAUUAGAUAAAUGGUUUCAACAAGUGCCUGUUCUACAAAGGGUAUUAAAUAACACGUUUCCCCGAGCUAUUCAAUCAACGCCGUUCGAACUGUUGGUGGGAGUUAAGAUGAGAACUAAAAACGAAGAGAAAAUUAUGCAAUUGGUAGAGGAGGAUUGGAUUGAUGGGUUCAACAAAGGUAGAGAAGAAGCACGUGAGAACGCAAAGAAGGCCAUAUGUAAAAUUCAAGAAGAAAACCGAAAGCAAUUCAAUCGAAAACGUAAGGCGGCAACGGUUUACAAAAUAAAUGAUCUUGUGGCGAUCGAACGCACGCAGUUCGGAGUCGGCCUUAAAAUCAAACCGAAGUUUUUGGGUCCGUACAGAGUAGUAGCAUCGAAGGGGUUUGAUCGUUAUAAAGUUGAAAAGAUGGGAGAUGGAGAGGGACCCGUUUCAACAACAACAAGUGCGGAUAAGAUGAAAGCAUGGGUGCAAGAAGGCGAACUAUCUGAUUUUAGUGAGAAUGGGGAAACAGAAGACGGUAGCUCAUCUGAGGCAGAUGAGUAGUACAGAAUGGCCGAGUGUGGGAACGAGGAGUACGAGAGAGAGUGAGCAAAACUGGCAGGCAGUCGAUUUCUAGCCGUGGACGUGGACGCAACGAAUUGUGUGGCUGAGCUGUUUGAAAAGGCGACUAAACGGAAAAUUUAUCUGGGCUGUACUCUAUCCAGGGCUGCAU